AUGUUCAAAAAGAAGAUGGUUGGCGACAAGCAGUUCACGAUAUCUGUUGAAGCGGCCGAUGAGGUGCAGGGGUGCUUGCAGCCCCUGUCGAAAAAAACAGGCGGGCAGUAUCAGGUGGCCACAUUGAGUGUCGAAGGCAUCGGUCGUGCAUUUUCUUCAGUUGGUGCAUCGAUCACUGCUACACGUGUAUCGGGCGGAAUGCUACACCCGCCGCGUACAGCAUUGGACAAUAGAUUCGAUCCGUCCACUGGGCAGGACGAUUGCGCCAGAAUAUGUACCAUUUCAGCUGUUCGGACAAGCGGUAUCAGGAAGAAACGGUGGGGCAACGAUCGACUCAUCGUGAAAUGCCUCGGUGCACGAUGCAACAUAGGUCAGAAGUGUUUCGCCGAAGGUGCAAUGCGUUUCGUCUACCGUCUGUCUGACCAGUCCAGCCUGAACGAAGACUAG